CUUGGGUCAUUGAGGGUAUGAGUGAGCAUCAGAGAGAACGUGCACUAUUUGAAGCACAGAUCUGGAUCCACUUCGAUCCUCAAUCACUCAACUCUCCGCAUACUCUCUGUCUCUCUUUCUCUCUCCUCUCUCUAUCACUUCACUCACUGCCACAGUGGGCGACUCCUCCUCUCCUACCAGUCUUUGUUUUUAUUGUUUUCAAAGGAGAGAGAUAGGGAGAGUGGCUAGUGAGAGAAAGAGAGAGAGAGGGUAGAGAACUCUAGGUGGGUAGUGAGAGAGAGAGAGAGAGAGAGAGGGAGAGCUGAGCUUUUCCUUUCCUUUUCAGCUUGACUGCCACCAACUUGGCCUCAGUUUCCCAAGAAACAACGCUGAGCAAAUUUGAGCUGAUAGUUUUUGGUUUCUGCCAUGGCUGAAACCAGCCUAGAAACAAGGGCUUUGGGGUUUUGCUUUUUGCAGCUAUAAAGUUUUGAAUUUUGACCGGUGGGGAAAGAGGGAGAGAGAGAGAGAGGGAGAGCAUUAAAGAAGGAGAGAGCCUGAUCUUCUCGUCAGAAGUGAAAGAAGAAAGACCAGAUUUUGAUGGUGUAUGAGAAAGAUGGACACUGGAAUACUCAAAAGAACUCAUCACACAGCUUCACAAGCUGAGUUGGUAGUAGGUGGGGUUUGUGGUUGAGAAAGAAAGUUUUACUUACCGAGAGAGCGAGAGAGAGAGAGAGAGAGAGCAACCUCGCCCGCUCUCUAGCAGGCACACUAAACUCAAAAGAUCAUCACCAACAAAACCGGGUUUUAAGAGGGUUGGUAUGAAAAGGUGAAGGCCACACAGCCACCAAACAGAAACACUCACUUCACUCCAUUUAUUUCCAUGGACGCAUAUGAAGCCACAAGGAUUGUCUUCUCAAGAAUCCAAAGUUUAGACCCUGAGAAUGCCUCCAAGAUCAUGGGUCUCCUCCUCAUCCAAGAUCAUGGUGAGAAGGAGAUGAUCAGGCUGGCUCUUGGACCGGAGACUCUGCUUCACUCAGUGGUCCUCAAGGCAAGGAAGGACAUAAUCCUUCCGUCAAACUCUCCCUCAACGCCCUCCACACCUUCUUCUCCCUCUCCUUUCAUGUCUACCAACCCCAUCUCCAUCUCCUCCAGGCCUAAAGGAAGCAACUUUUCGCCAUCUUCUCUCUCAAAUAUCCCCAGCCCAUCUUCUUGGGGGGGUGGUGGUGGUGGUGGUGGUUCUUUCUCUGAUCUCUCAAGUGGAGAUGAUUUGAUCAAUUCUUCCUCUUGUUUGUAUGGAAAUGGAGGCAGUGACACCAUGAUUGAUGAGCUUCAGCUCCAAGACCAGCUUUCCUUCCUCAACGAUAACUCCCCACCCCUUGGACCCAACAGCAACCCUGAUAUGUUCUGCCCCCAGCAGGACUUGCUGUCCAGUCCCACCGCCGUAUACGGCGGAGCGGCCGCGGGCUGGGGCGCCCCGGUGCACCGGAGGAGCUGCUCGGUCAGCGAUGUGUGCUCGGGUUCCUCAGAAGACCCAUCUUGUGGAGUCGGGUGGAGGCCAUGCUUGUAUUAUGCUAGAGGGUACUGCAAGAAUGGGAUCAGCUGCAGGUUCUUGCACAGUGGUGGACUUGGCGAUGCCGCUUCUGUGGUCGGCAGCCCGGACGGCAGUGCGUCCGCGGUGGUCGGCUCCCCGAGUAAAGUGGACAUGAUGGGCCAGUGCCAUGAAGCUGUUCUGAGGUCCAAAUCUGCUCAGCAGCAGAGACUAGCUGCUGCUUCUCAGCUCAUAGGUUCUGCAACCUUCCCUUACACUCCCAAAUCCAUGAAUUUACUUCUCCAUCACCAGCAAAAUGAUGCUCAUAGGGCUGCUGCUGCUGCUGCGCUGAUGAUGGGUGAUGACUUUUACAAGUAUGGCAGAUCAAGGCUAGAAAGGAGUGAUUUUUCAGUGAAUGGUUGUGUGAAUCCUGCUUCUAGGCAGAUUUACUUGACUUUCCCAGCCGACAGUACUUUCAAGGAGGAAGAUGUUUCCAACUAUUUCAGCAACUUUGGGCCGGUGCAAGAUGUGAGAAUUCCUUACCAGCAGAAGAGGAUGUUUGGCUUUGUUACAUUUGUUUACCCAGAAACGGUGAAGCUCAUUUUGGCCAAAGGGAACCCUCAUUUUGUUUGUGAUGCUAGAGUUCUCGUCAAGCCUUACAAAGAGAAGGGAAAAGUGCCAGACAAGUUCAGGAAGCAGUCCCAGCUGGUGGAAAGGGGUGAUUUUUCGCCUUGUGGAACUCCAACUGGGUUGGAUUCGAGGGGGGGACCAUUUGACCUCAACCUCGGAGCGAGGCCGUUUUACAAUUCUCAGGACAUGCUGUGGAGGAGGAGAUUCGAGGAGCAAGCUGAUCUUCAACAAGCCCUUGAAUACCAGAGUCAACGGCUGAUGAGUCUGCAGCUUCUAGAUGUCAAGAAGCAUCAUCAUCAGAGGGCUCUCUCAACUGGCUCCCCCAUUCCAUCUCCUGCUCAAUCGCCUACUUUGUUCAACAAUCCAACCUUCCUCAACAUUCCUUCGGUUCGCAGCCUGGGCGUCACAGAAGAGAAUGGUUCUAGCCCUGGCUUAUCCGACAGUCAGCCCUUGAACUACCAGUCUGUGAUUGUCUCUGCUGGGAAAGAUUUGACUGGAAGUGACAAGAGUAAUGGGAAUGACAAGGAAAGCUCCCAUACUGAAGAUAAAGGCUUGGCUGAAAGUUUGGAGCAUAACCUUCCUGAUAGUCCCUUUGCAUCUCCUACUAAAGCCUCCGCAGAGCACUUCUCUUCCUUAACCAAUGUAGUCAGCGAGGCUGAAAAGGAUGGUGUAGGUUCGGCCUCAUCUUCUCCCAACAGCAAUAACCCAGUCUCUUCACCCUUGAUCCCGGGCACCUCCGCCAUGGACAUGGCUUCAUUCACGUCUUUCAACUGCCAGAUUCCUAGAUUUUCCUCUGGUCAUGGAGCCAUAGGAAUGUAUGCCGGUGCUGGAGGGCCAACAUGCCCAGUGGGUAUAUAGCUAGCUCUUCCUUGACUGAGGGAGAUUAACAACAAUAACCAAACAAACCCGUUAUCAAAGACCAGAUCUGUAGAGAAUCCGUACCACUACCAUCACCUCCACCACUACCUCGAUUAUCCAUACUAUACUACUGGAUACCAUACAAAAAUGCAUACGUAAAAAAAAUGACUAAAUUAAGUGGGAUAGCCCAAUCUCCUUUGUGCUAUUUUCACAUGUUUUUUUCUAGUUGCAGUUUGGACCACCAGGAGAACUUUACAGUCUUUGUGCAGUAUUUUAAAACUCACAGAGCUGUAAAUUUCCUCUUCUUCCCGUUUUCAAGUUUUUACUACGGCCCCUCCUUUGGGAGGGUGGCGGAGUCCAUAAUUAGCAACAGUCUUCUAUUAGUUUGUGUUGUUAGGGUACAAGAAAGAUCAAAUCUUUGUACAGCAAGAAGAAUCGAAGAAUUCAAAGAGCCAGGGAGUGGCCAAAAAGGCAAGAAGUGACGACAAGGGCUGAUUUUUCAUCCCCGUGAAUGGUAAUUUGGAAGUGAAAGGAGGGGAGAGAUUUGAAGGGGAGGAACGGAUGAUGGGAGAGGCAGAGAUGAAUAGAAUUUUAGUCAGCUCAGUUUUCAGGUACAAAUUUGUGAGGUCGAUUAUUAAAUGUUUGAUGUUUACUGUAGUUGUUUAUUAUACAACAGUUUGUGUUCAACUACUCAUGUGGAUCAGAGAGACAGAAAAGGAACUAGUGAAAGAUCAGCAACCAGAAAGAAAGAAAUCAGUUUCACAAUUUAUGAAAUGGCUCUCUCUCUCUCUCUC